CUGUGCGAAUCAAGUGCAAAAGUUUUGAACUAACUCACAGUAAUCUGAAUUUAAUAAUCACAAUUAAUUAUUUUCGUUUAAAGAAAUUUUUGUAAACCAAGGAAAUGAAUUACAGACAAUUUUUACUCUGUUUUUUAAUAUGCCUGGCUUUGCUUAAGGAAGUUAAAUGCUUACACAAAAGAUGUGUCAAAUGUCGGUCAAGAGGAGAGUUAGGCAGCUGUGGAGACCCAGUCGUAGUGAACACAACAGAUCCAUACUCGCAACUUGGCAUACAUGUCGUGGCCUGCCCCUCGGGCUGGUGUGGGAAAAUGAUAGAAGGCAAUGUUGGAGCAUUUCGGACAGAUGAUUAUGGAUCAGCGUCAGAGAGGAUGUGCCUCCAGCGGCCUCCUAGCGACUACGAGGAGCGCUGUGCGUACACCAUGUGGAACUACAAGAAGGUCUACAUGUGCUUCUGUAAUGGUGACCUGUGCAACUCUGCUUUUAGAACCACCAUAUCCUAUUGUAGUAUUAUCAUUGCUGUUUUACUGACUAUAUUUAAUAUGUAGUGAAGUUUGUGUCUGCCUCAGACAAGUUGUUCUACUUGGUUAGUUGUCAAUCAGUCGCUAAAGUACAAGCACAUUGACAUUUCCUAUCUCUAUCGCACGCCCAUAAUUAUAUGACUGUCCCGCCCGCACAGUGACAUUGACCGCCGCGCCGGGGUCAAAGGCGGGGCACCAAUAUAAAUAUGCGCGUGCGAUAGAUAGAUAGGAAACGGCGUGUCAAUGUACGAAAGGCCUCGUGCUCGGCGUCCUUACUUUACUGGGAAGCCUUAGGCUUACAUAUUUAGAAAUGGUCCUUUUUGACAAUCAUUAAAGUACUGCAGUUAGAAUUGUGUCUAUGGUCCUGUGGCUAUAGCGGCUCAUUUGGUGCUUAGCUAAUCAAUUGUUUACAUUCCUUCUUGUAUUUGGUGUUUUUGCCAUUUAUUACCAUAUAGGUACAUUCGUCCCAUGGGUUAUCUUAUGACAUUAUUACAUAUAAUUAUGUAAGUAGUUGUGAUAUUUACAAGGUGUAGGUACUUAAACGCGAUUUUUUGAACCAAACUUCAAAGUCAGUACAUUUCUCUUUAAGUCUAAUAAAGGCUGAUGUAAACUAAAUACCUACCUAAUUGUUACGGUUUCUUCAAAAAAUCUGUGUAAAACAUGUUGUAAGCCCCAUGGUCAGAGACGUAUUUGCAGUAUGGACGACGCCUUGUGUACAGCAAGCACUAUAUAGUGUUUAUUCUCGUAAGGUACCUAGGCCCAACCUCCUAGCUAGGCUGCUGCAUUAUUUAAUGAAUCUCUUUUGCUCUUUUCUUUGUUUAAUAAGUACUUUACGACUGCUCGGAUCCUUAUUCCAUAUAUUUAACAUGGUUUUUGUGAUACUGUUUCAGUUUGUACUCUACUACUGUUCACGUUAUGCUUGGGUACUUUUUUGAAAAAGUUAGGCUAAAUAAGGCAUCUACCGCGCCAAAUAAGGCGUUUAUAAAAUUUACUACUUACUUAAUAUUUAAUUACACAAACGGGCCUACUUAGCUGGUGCAACUCAGCUGAAACGUCGGAGUUAAAGGUAAAAACAAUAAAAUUAUAUCACGGUAGACCCGCUUGUGUAAUUAAAUAUGUGUACAAAACGCGAGAGUUUAAAGUGUUAUACUUACCUAAGUACUUAAUAUCUUCAACUCAUUCUACUAAGUAUUUGAAUGAAGCAUGUCUUUGAUAGUUUUUUUUAUAUAAUUGUAAUAAAGGAGAACUCGGGAGAAAAUUUGAACUUUUGGAUAGUUCUUCAUUAAUAUAGUUAAUUAAGUUUGUUGGUGGUAAUAAGUUUUUAGUUCUACCAAUACGUGAUCGUGUCCUAUCCAACUGUAUUAGGUAGGUACCUAAUGAAUAGGUGUGUUAGAAUUUAAGUGGAGAAUAUAUACUCAUUUUUAUAGAAGUAUUAUUAGGAACAAAAUGUACUUACUAAAUCAGUGGUGGGCAAAGUACGGCCCGCGGGCGAUAUAAUAAAAAUACAUUUCUGCUGUAAAUCUGGCCCUCUGAAAUUCCUUCAAGUGUUGGCCCCUCAUGAAGAAAGUUUGCCCACCACUGUACUAAAUAUAUAAAAUGACGAUACGCAAUACAGAGUAUAUAGACCGUGCCCUGUAAUACCGGGCAGGAAUUGACAGCCAAUACUUACGAAACUGAAAGGACUGAAAUCGAAUAAAAAUCAUUAUUCUGUUACAUUUUACUGUAUUACUUAUAUUUAAAAUUUUAUAAAUAUUUUUACACUUUUUUUAC